AUGAAAAAAAUUUUAGUUCUUUUUAUUGCAUGUCUUUUUAUCUCAGUAACUGAAUCAAAUCUUCGUCGUCGACGACAAUAUGGUGGAUAUAAUAUAGUUCAACAAUAUGACAAUCAAUAUGGACUUUAUGGUCCAGGUGGUCAAGGUUGGGUAAAUAAUUAUAAUAAUCGUUAUCCAAAUCCAAAUUAUGCUUGGAAUAAUAAUUGGAGUUGGAAUCAAGGUAAUCGACGCCCUGAAUGGUAUUAUAAUUCAUCAAAAACAAUUCAACCAUCAAUUUUUUAUUCUCUAAUUUUUCUAUUAUUUUCUUUUUUCAUUUGA